UCCUCCUCUCUCUCUCUCUCUUUCUCAUGGCGUCCAGGCUCCACUUCGUCUCUUUCCUUCUUCUCCUUGUUGUGUAUCCUGCCAUCUCCACCAACUCCGAAGGGGAGGCGCUGCAUGCGUUGAGGGCGAGGCUCUCCGACCCGACCAACGUGCUCCAGAGCUGGGACCCCACCCUCGUCAACCCCUGCACCUGGUUCCAUGUCACCUGCGACGAUCGCAACCGCGUGAUCCGCCUGGAUUUGGGCAAUUCCAACAUCUCUGGUCCUCUGGGUCCCGAGCUCGGCCGCCUCCAGCACCUUCAGUAUCUAGAACUUUACAGGAACAACUUCGAGGGGAAGAUCCCUGAAGCAUUGGGCAAUUUGAAGAGCCUCAUCAGCAUGGAUUUGUAUGGGAACCGAUUUCAGGGAGAAAUCCCCAAGUCCUUUGCCAAGUUGAAGUCGCUCCGAUUCCUGCGUCUGAACAACAAUAAGCUUUCGGGAUCCAUCCCAAGAGAGCUUGCCACUCUCUCGAACCUAAAAGUCUUUGAUGUUUCAAACAAUGAUCUUUGCGGAACCAUUCCGGUCGAUGGCCCGUUCACCAAUUUCCCCUUCCAAAGUUUCGAAAACAACAGCAGGCUUAAUGGUCCGGAGCUGCAAGGACUGGUUCCUUACGAUUUUGGAUGCUGAAUGCUACAAGAUCUACCACCCCUGGAGAGGUAUUUGGAGUGGUCUACUUGUAUGAAUUCUCAUACUUGCGCUUCUAGCGAGGAAAGCUAUUGUAGAAAAGUAUAGAAUGCCGGGAGGCAAGUGGAGCUAUAUUUAUAAUGUUACCUACAACAGCAUCAAUGAACACACAAGAUGUUACUAAGAUUGAUAAGCUUAUAUUAUGCUGAAUUGCACCCUUUCAGA